AUGACCACCUGUACUCAAUAUCAGGCUAAGAAGAGAAAAAGAUCAAAUAGUAAGACAACCAAACCAUAUUGGAAUGAGGAUGCGGCUCAUAUUUCCCAGCAAUGGGGCUUGAAUACGAUUCUACCAACGGCGGCUAAAAAUCUUAGUCAGAAAAUCACAUCUGACUCGUGGUUUAGCGUGGUUAAACAUCCACAGGUGCCGGUUAUCAAUGACUCAUUGAACUUGCCGCUUAGCAGUGGUGUCAAAGAAGAGAAUACCAGGGCUCGCAAAAUUAAGGUCUAUCCGACCAAUUCCCAGAGAGAAACGCUCAAAAAGUGGUUUAGGUGCCAGCGUUACAUAUACAAUAGAGCGCUGAAGCUGCACCGCGAUGGCAUGGCAAUGACCAUAAAAGGUCUACGCCAGACUUUGCUUAACAGAGAUACUAUUAUUCUAGAACCUCAGGAGCAGUGGCUUAACGACUACAGUUACGAUUUGAAAGACGAAGCCCUUUGUGAUUUGGUCAAGAACUACAGUUAUAAUAUGGCAAAGUAUAAGCAGACUGGGAUGCCUUUGAAGUUGAGGUUCAAGUCAAAGAAGACACCGAUUCAAACUCUUUCAGUGUUGGAAAAGCACUGGAACAAGAGAACGAAGUCGUUUUGGAGCGAAGUAUUCUCGCUCUCGAAUUUUCGUGGUACAGAGCCGCUCCCAGAGGAAUUGCCAGGAGAUUCGAGGGUUCAAAGGACAAGGAACAACAAAUUCUACUUGGUAGUUCCACUUGCUGGUGAGGAAAUCGCUAGAAAAAGUCCCGCAGAAAAGUUUAUAUUUAUUGAUCCCAGGGUGAGAACUUUCCUAACAGGAUAUGACUCUAAGCAGACUGUGGUCGAGAUGGGGAAGGACGCGGUUGUACGCAUCGAGAAGCUUAAGCGCCGACGACGGCAAUUCCAGUCAAAACUUGCCAAGCUCAGGAAGCACAAGAAGAGGCAGAACCAUCGGAAAGCCUUACAUAGGCUCGACGAAAAGAUUCAGCAUAUUGUUCGUGAUAUGCAUAAGAAAACAGCCUCUUAUUUGUGUAAAAACUACGAAAACAUCUUUCUCCCCAAAUUGAAUUACCAUCAAUGCACUAGACUGACCCGAAAGACAAGGUCCAGCAUGGCAACCAUUGCUCAUUGUUGUUUUCACGAUCGCUUGACGAUGAAGGCAGAGCAGUUCCAUAGUACUAGUGUUCAUGAAGUUGAGGAGGAUUACACGUCGAAGACUUGUUCUAGUUGUGGCAAUUUAAAAGAUGAUCUAGGAUCUAAUAAAAUCUACAGCUGUUCAAGUUGCUCCUCGGUUUUCGAUAGAGACUUCAACGCAGCAAAGAACAUCAUGCUCAAGUAUAUCUGCGAGCAUUUGAUGGCAAGUGGUGGAUCUUCCAUUACCUCUGCUUCAAGUGGAGGAAAUGGUGGAUUCGCCAUGAUGGGUCCUGGCCCCUUCGUACGUUAG